GACGUUGAUCACUUUGUGUCUGACUGUAGGAAGCGUGUCCAGCUGGAGGAACUAAGAGGAGAUCUGGAACUCUACUAUAAACUUCUUAAAAUAGCCAUGGUCCAGCUCAUCAACAAGGAUUAUGCAGAUUUUUUCAACCUUUCCACAAACUUGGUUGGCAUGGACAAAGCCCUCAAUGAACUUUCUGUGCCUUUGGGACAGUUACGAGAAGUUCUGAGUCUCAGGUCAUCAGUCAGUGAAGGAAUUCGGGCAGUAGAUGAACAAAUGUGUAAACAAGAGGACAUAAGGAAGAAAAAGCGUAUAGCCCACAUUACAGCCAUGCUGCAGCAGUCCCUGGGAGGCCUGUUGCUAGAAGGGCUUCAGACUUCCAAUGUGGACAUCAUACGGCACUGCCUCCGGACUUACGCUACAAUUGACAAGACACAGGAUGCAGAGGCGUUAGUUGGUCAAAUACUGGUGAAACCAUACAUGGAUGAGGUGAUUGUAGAGCAGAUCGUUGAGUCUCAUCCGGACGGCCUGAAGAUCAUGUAUGCUAAUAAGCUCCUGGAGUUCGUUCCUCACCACUGCUGCCUUCUUCGAGAGGUCACAGGAGGAGUCAUCUCAAGGAAGAAGAGAUUAGGACACAGACAGUACAGACUGAAGGACAAUCGUUUGAAGACAGAGUGGAGAACACAGCUAUCUGCAAGCCAAGGAGAGACAUUUGAAGAAUCGAACCCUACUGCCACCUUGAUCUUGGACUUCCAGUGCCCAGAAACAUGAGAAAAUAAAUUGUAUGUUGCCUAAGCCA